AUGGCUGUCUCACUGGGAAUUGACAUGGCAAAGGAAAUGGGAAUUACUAAGCUGGAAAUUCAAAUGGAUAAUGAAGCUUGUUAUACAAUGAUGGAUGGUAAUGAUUCUGGAUAUGAGUCUUCAUUACCUCGCUCGACUCCUUCUACUGUAUCUCCUAGUCCCGUUCCCAACAGUAUGCCACCACCUCCUCCCCGCCCGCCAUUAUAUCAUUCACAGUCCAAUAGCUCUCGCCAACAAUCGUCUUCUCGUCUUGGUGAAGCUAAUGAACCUGAGGUACAACCAGAACCAAGUGAACUUACAUCUUCUCGCAAAGGAAGAAAACUUACAUCACCUGUGUGGAAUCAUUUUGAAAGGAUUACGGUAAAUGAUCAGUUCAAGGCGAAGUGCAUUCACUGUAACAAAUUGAUGUCGGCUAACACCACCAAUGGGACUUCUAACCUUAAUGAUCACUUAACCAAAAGGUGCACUAAGAAAAACCAGAAAGUUGAUAUUCGCUAA